AAUACUCCACUGCUUAAACGGCGUCGCCCGGCAGGAAAAGCUUUGCUCAAAGUCCUAAAAAGUCGAAGACAUAAGGAGGGGAUAAUGCAGAAGCUCACCAGAAAAUGGAGAAAAUCUCCACGAGAAUCUCAUUUCGACGAGGACGAUAAAUUCUCUUUGCCAACUCGCGACGAAAAUCGUCCCAUUGAUUCCCAAGAACAAGAAGAAUUGGUUCGAUCUCUCGAGAAUGUUCAAACCCAGCAAUCUCUUCUCUGGAGGGGUGUGUUCUCAGGGCUACUCUCGUGUUAUGUGGCUUUUCUCCUAUACUCAGUCUAUCAACAGGCCUAUUAUCCCUGGGAAUUGCGAUAUCAUGCUUACUUCAUGUAUGAAGUUGACGCUUGGACCAUCAUUGCUGCAGAUUGGGCAGCUAUUAUGACGUGCUUAAUGACCAUAAAGGGCUUAUUGCAUGAAUCAAAACAUCAUAGGAGGUGGCUAUGGUCUUCAUGCUGCAUUGGCAUGAUAGUGGCAGUGUUUUGGUUGCAUCAUAUGCUAAGGUUGGCAAAGUUUAGAUGGGAUGUUGUAUGGCUACCAUUAGGUCCCAUUAGUGGAGCUGGAGUGUGCAUUUACGUAGAGUAUUUACUAAAUGUGUCAUCUGAAGAAGUGAGGAAACUUAGAGGAUAUAUGUAUGCAUAUAAAGCCAGGUAAGAGUGCAGAUGAUGUAUGUAUGGGCCCUUAAUGCCAGUUAAGAGCUUUCCCUAAUCGAAUUUUAAUACUCGUCUAGUUCCAUGAUAUGAUUGCCCCCCUUGCUAAUUUUCUUGGUGUACGAUGGGAAGGGGCUGAAACUAGU